AACCUGCUCUGACCAAUCCACCCACACUGUUAUUCAGAUGGCUGAGCAUUUAAACGAUAACACAACAAACCACUCUUGACGACCAGAUCGUCACAUGCAUUACGCCUUAGGCUACACGCGCACAAUUUAUCCGGGUUUGUUUUGUGGAUCUCACCAAGGCUAUAUAAUUUAGCCAGUGAGUUCAACAACGACGGAGGAAAUAUCAAAAAGUGACACUGCGAUCUGGAGGAGAAUAGCCUACGCACACCAAAAUUGGCUUACAGUAGGCUAAUAGCUGUCACUGAAUAUGUGGAUGCUGCACACCUUUUAUUUUGUGUGUCUGAUUGCACUGUCUGAGGAAUUGCCGGACAAGUCUACUAUAAGUUUUGUCCGGUUGGAAAACAAAAGUGUGAUAAGCGAGGAACAAACGUUUGAGGAGAAAAUUCUCAUAAACGGAACUUCAGUCACACCCAAUGACAACGGAGAUGGUCGGGCUACAGAAAUAUACAGGACGCUCCUCGGCAAUAUCAGUAGUUCAUCCCUACGCGAUGCUCUACUGAUUUUUGCGAAUCGUUUCAACAAUACAGAAAACCACACUUAUCAGCGUUUUCGAGAGUGCAAAUUCAUCGGACACCAGUUGAUACAUGUAUCUGAACAGAUUAUGCACAAUGGAAAAGAGUUUUUGUCUCUGGAUCAAACGACGGACACCUGGACAGCCUUGGACCCGCAGGCCCUCUCCUUGAAAGAGGUGUUGGACCGCGACUCUGAACGCACUGUGCAGGAUAGGAUGCGUUUUCAAGAGACUUGUGCCGAGUUGCUUAAAGAACUUACUCACUCUGACUCUGCUUCAAAAGUUUCAACUGCAGUUUUAGCUCCCCUCUUGGCAGGCCUUGUAUUCUUGGGCUUGGUCCUUCUCAGCUUUAUUAUGUCUAAACACAGUGUCAAAGGUUCUGCUCAACCUGCAGGAGGUAUUGUGGGUUCAAUAGUCCACUAUCCACCUGCAACUUCAGACAUAGUCAGAGAACCAACCUUAAAGCCUUCCCUCUCCAUCAAAGCACACUUGCUGAGCAAUAUGCCAUGAAUGUGUUGUCAGAUUCCAGUAUGUGUUGCCAGAAUGUGAUAGAAUUUCCAGUCAUUGUGUGGCAUCAGUAUGCUGGUGUCCUAUCUAUUGCCUGUCUUUGGAAAAAAUAAAACAAAUAUAUAAAUAUGUUUAUACCUAGCCAAUAUGUUUACUGAAAUGCACUGCUAAGAUGUGUGGAAAAGCAUUUGUUCAUUCAACUUGUGGUGUUAAGAAUUACACGAGACACUGCAGUCAAUAAAAUUCACUGAUCGCUGAUAUUUGUGCUUCUGCCACUGCACUGUACUGUACUGGUGCUCAGGGAAAUUAGCCAAAAAUGCUGGUUCUUAUGUAGAUAUAUCAUACUUAUCUCGGGCUUUGUUUAAUGAUUCUGACAGCAAUUUUCAAGGUUAAAGUGGUCCAAAGAUGUAUUUUUCUUCAAAGAAAUAUCUUUCUUCAAUCAAUGGACAUUGAAUUUAGAUUGCUGUUACCCGAUGUCACUGUUUUCUCCAGAAUAUGUUUGCUGUAUGAAAGAAUGUUUUUGUAAUAAUUUGUGCUAUUAAACAUAAAAAAAAUCUUA